CACCAAAAAAAUUAAAAGUCACAUAAAAUUCCCAGCUAUUCAGAAAAUUGAACUUGUUAAUUGCCACUAAUAUAUUUUUUCCCAGUAGAAAUUUGAAGAAUGUGAAAAAAUGAUAAUGGGAUCUUUGCAAAAGAGUUUCUUCUCAAACCCACUACUAAUUCAAACCCAGAAUUAUAAACCCAGAACUCCAAUUUCAUUUUUCAUUGUUUCCUGCAAAUACCCACCAAAUGAUCACCAUAAUCAAACUGAUUCUUCAAGGAAAAUAGAGAAGCAGUUGGCAAAGCUAGCAAUAGUAACAUUGGCAGCAGGAGUAUUGAGUGUGGGAUCAGUUGGUGAUGCUUUUGCUGCCAAGUCUGGUGGCCGUGUCGGUGGUCAGGCUUUCCGCUCUUCGGCUCCUCGUGCUUCUUCUCCUAGAGUUAAUUCUAGGACCAACAUCUAUGUGAAUCCACCUGUAGCUCCACCACUUGUUGGUGGCUAUGGAUUUGGCCCUGGUAUCCCAUUCUAUGGUGGAUGGGGAUGGUCGCCGUUUUCAUUUUUUGCCCCAGGCCCCAGUGUAGCAGUUGGCAUUGGUGGUGGAUUCGACCUGCUUGUCUUGUUCAUGGUUUUUGGAGCGGUUUCAGCUGUCGUUAGGAGGUUACUUAGACCAAGGGAAGAAGAUGAUGAUUAUUAGAGCAGAAGAUAGCCAACCGAAGGACUCCAUGAAGUUGAUGUAUAAUUGUAUAUGACUGAUGUUUUGCUACAUAUGUAGGUAUUCCUGAAAUCCGAGUAUUAUCCAGAUAUUAUAAAAUACACCUAUGGUUUUGAUUCCACUGUUGAUCUUCCUUCCACUGCUUUGAGAUGAACUCCCAGAAGAGGAUUAUAGGCAUACAAUUUUUUGCACUAUGGAAAAUCUAGUUGCUAUGUGCUCCCUGAAGUAUCCGCCUUGUUGGGUAAUUGGGUAGAAUGUCUUCCAUUGCAGGCGUACUCUAAUUCCUAAAUGGGCUCAUGGUAUUGAAAAAUCACUUUACAGUUGUUUGAGUGAUUUUUCAUGUAUUCAAAUAGAAUAGAUUUUGAAAUUCUAAUUCGGAUUUUUCAGA